CUGUUAAAUUAACCAAUUAAACAUACUUUAGUCUUGAAAAUUCAAAAUCAUGGGUGUCUUGACUUAUACCGAUGAGCGCACUUCACCAGUCCUUCCGGUUAGGAUUUUCAAGGCCUCGAUUGUCGACUCACACAAUUUAAUGCCAAAACUUUUGCCGGAGGCUGUUAAAAGCAUCAAAUUUAUCAAAGGUGACGGUGGGGCCGGAAGCAUCAAGCAGAUUAACUAUGCUGAAGGUUUCACAAAGCACCACAUAGAUGAAAUCGAUGAGAAUGCACUUACGUAUAAGUACACUUUGAUAGAAGGAAACGGUAUCUCAAACAAGAUCGAAAAGGUAUCUUAUGAUAUUAAGUUUGAGACUUCACCUGAUGGUGGAAGCAUCGCCAAGAUGACCACAACUAUUUACACACAUGGCGAUUUUGAAAUCAAGGAAGACGAACUUAAGGCCGGCAAAGAAAAGAUGUUAGGGCUUUACAAGGUUUUUGAAGCCUACCUUAUCAACAACCCGGAUGCAUAUGUUUAAAGAUUUUCAUUUUAAAAUUGUGGUGUAGCCAUAUUUGGCAUACUCAAUAUUUUCGUUGUUUCUCUUUAUAUAAACAUCACAUCAUUAAUAAAGUUUGACUUUGAAUAA